AUGGCACAGAACAACAAUCUUUUAGUAGCAAGAGCUCUUGGUAAGAGAAAAAAAUAGAUUUUAUAGCAUCUAAUAACAAUUAAUUUGAAUUUUAAGACUGGCAUGUCUAGAAGACUAUUUAAUGGUGGAUUGAAUUGGCAGAUUCAGUUCUCUUUGAACGUACCGAGAACAAAUAGUAAUUAUUUCUUUCCCAAAAAUACGUGUAUUAUUAUAAUUCUUGUGUUUCUUCGGGCAUUGGACUUAAAUAUCCAUUAUAAAUUCUACUGAUUUUGUUCAAAAUACACACUUUUGAUGAUGUUUAGCCUAUAAAACCUCAGAAUGCAAGGCCAAUUACCCACAUUCUUCAAACAAGCUGGCUCGUUUUGCUCGUUUGGUCUGUCAUAUCAUACAAGCAAGUUCUCCACUGCCGAACUGGACAAGCUAUCACAUAUAUUCUCUCCUCGUUAUUUUUAUUCACUGACCUGAGCCAAAUGAGUCACCACUCAAGUUUAUAUCCACCAACGCUCAUCACUCAAACAAUUCAUCCCUUGUUCUUGUCACUCGCCGAGAAGCCACCAAAUCUAAGCGCCCAGAAUGGUCCCAUAUCUUGUGUAGUUACUCUCUUUUUAACAUUUCUUUCUAGCUUGCUCAGUGAAAACACUCUUAGGACCAAAUAACAGGUAAAUACUUCUUUAAUUCUUACUGAAAGGUAUUAAUUGUGUGACUACAUAGCUACUCAAAGCUUCUUCCAUGUGCUCAGUUGUCGGGAACAGCUCAAAGAACACAGGGCAGGAAAAAUGGGAAAGUACUCGUUGGGUAGAAAAAAAAAUUCUUCUAAGCCAGUCAAAAUGUUUUAAAAUAGUAGGCAGGAUAACCACAGAAGCAGGCAGCAGACCUAAAUGUGUGUGGUUGUUAUUUAAUAUUACUAAACUGGAGUGUUGAUUAGAUGGCAAAAUGAAAUGUUCCAGUGAAAACAUCAAAAUUACCGGCUGAUGGCUCAUUUUGACUGGGCUGCUCUCCUAGAUCUCUUUCUUUUUCUUUCCUCCCUUUGCUACUCAUUUUGUGCCCAUGACUCCACUAUCAGAAUACCUGGUAGAUACCUAAAGCAUGUUGGACAAUAGUGUGUGACAUGAUAUUGCCUGAGGAGACUCAAAAUGAUGAUGAUAAUGAUGAUGAAGCUAUAAACUGAUCAAGGAGGUGCUCAGUUGAUUAGAGCCAAGUGGUCAGAGUGCUGGCAAUCUGGAGGUCCAAAGUUUGAUAUCCAUCCAGACUGAUACUGGCCAAUGGUUUGUGUCCUACCAGUUGGGAUUCUUAAACUUGGUGUGUUUCAUUUGAAAUAUUUGUGUCAGUUAUGUGCUCCAAGUGGCUCCUAUGCUGCUUCCUCUUUUCUGUCCACCUGUCUUGUGGUUGUGUCUGUAAUCUGCCAUUUGUUUAUUAAAUUCGCUGAUGAAAUAAAUCAGUAAUCAUGAAGAUUAGAAAAAAAUGAAUUCUAAAGUGUGAGCCUUGAGUCAGAAUUCUGUUGCCUCUUUUUUGUGGGAUUUUAGGGUGCACAACAACUGAUCAGUAAUUAAAUUUUCAGACCCUGUGCCCUAAUGGUCUGCCUUUCCUAAAUCAGUAGCAAUUCCUUUUCGUUCCAGUUCUAAAUGCUGUACUGAUGGUGAUGACAAUGCUGUUAUCUGCAGCAGCGCAUCAAAGCUUUUGCAGCUUUUUGACAUCCAGGUUGGAAGUUCAAUAUCUGCUUUUUAAUAUUAGAUUAAUACCUUCAGACAUGCCUUCAUUUCAAAACUUUUUCAAAUUUCUGGUACAUGAUGUAUAUACUGUCUUUAAGGGAGGAGUGUAAUACAAGUAAAUACCAACAUUAUUCAUUGAACUCUCUCAAGCAAACAUAUAACUGAGUAUGUAAAGCAUUAGAGAGUGAAUUUCUUUCAAUUCUUUACAAGUGAAUUCUACAUGUGAGACUGGUAUAUUUUCUAGGUUUUAUUCUUUUUUUUUAUUGAACAAAGUUUGACUUCUCUACAAAUAUUGGAGUCAUUUUACAAAAACUAAGGUCACUUCAUACCACCGAAAUUAAGUUUGUAACUCUUACCCCUUGGAGAUACAAUACUAACCAGAAAUCAGAAGCCAACACCACAUUUAAAAAAAGGUUCAAUAGUGGAGAAACUUCAUUUCAUGUUAACUUGUUUUAGAAAUUUUCUUGCAAGACUGCCAAUAUUUUUUAUUUUUUUCAAUUCCUUUACUAGAUUUUUGACCUAAUUAUAAGAAUUUUGGCAGGCAGGGAAAACAUUUUUCUUGACCACUGAACAUUUCCUAGCUCUAAGCUGGGGUCAUAAUGACCUCUUGCAGAAAUUCCUUGGAUUUAUUUUUUGGCAUAAAAAUGCCAAAAUUGUAAACCCUGCCUUUCUAAGGCAGAGAGUAAUGAAGUUAUCUUCAUUUUUAAGUGUUCUCUUUAGUUCAGGAGGCUGUUUAUAAUAUCAAUUUUGUUAUCAUCUUGUUUUUAGCAUCCAGCUGGGUUUGUUAUCAAUGAUGCUUGCCAGGGUCAGUAUAAGAAGUAUGGAACAAACUGUAAGACUCUUGUCUGUAUGGCUGGCUUCUGGAGUAAGGCUGCACAAGACUUGCAAGAUCAGGUGAGGGACUGAAAAUAAACAAUGGCAGGGUAACUGUCUGUUUUAGUGUUUUAAAUGUACAGUUAGGCAUUUACUGUAUAUGUGUUGAUGUGGAGGAGAAAAUAAAGCAGUUCUAAGGAGUAAAGGAAGAAACAAAACAAAACAUAACAUAAAAACCCCAAAGAAACAAAAGGAUAACAAAUGAAUGUAUUUUUAACAUAACAGGAAGAGGAGUUUUAAGAGCAAAUGUGUUUUAUACUAAAGACAAACAUUGGUUACUGAAAUAAGGUUUUAAUAAAGGCUCUACUCUUACAGCCUCAUUCUAUUAUUGUUUACCAAGAAAGCAACUGAGAAGGAAGGAAUAAAAGGAGAGGAAAACGGGACUGGGAAGUUAAACCAAUUCGUCAUUUCCACUGUGUUUGUAGGGUGCAAUCAUCGAAGCCUUAUUUUUCUGUUGAUGUAGUGGUUAUUGUGUUUUUGCAUAUUAAUUUUAUUGCAACUUUGUAUGUAAAUUGAUUCUGUAAUAAUAUCUAUUUUUUGCUGCAGCAGGGUGCAAAGAAAGUCAGUUUUACAGCCUGUCAUUUGGGCAAGCUGUAGCUAGCAUGUACUAGCCCACAAGUCAUUUCAACUAGCCCAGAAACCCUUGUUGAUUAGCAGGAUUGAUUACAAUCCUUCUGUAAUUUGAAUUUCCCCAAAAAACAGCACUUGCCCGUCGGGCAAGUUACAAACAAAAAUCACUAGCCCAAUAGCAAAAUCCACUAGCCCUGGGCUAUCGGACACGACUUUCUUUGUACGCUGUGCAGAGGGUGAGAGUUAAUUAAAGUCACCACAGUGCCUGUCUUCUGCCCUCAUAACAAGUCUCUUUCCUUAUCAUUAUCUACCAUACUGCCUUAUUCUUUUAGGGUGUCCCCUGUCCAAUAAUCAUCCAGCUUUUUGAUGACGCCCUUGAAGCUUGUGAGGAUGUUUGUCAAGAAUUGUCACUUCCACUAAUGGAAGCCUUACGAGAUCCCCAUAAUGCCCAACAGACCGCUGACAAUCUACAUACUGUCAGUGUUCGUGAAAAUGCCACAGGUUCUGCAAUGGAUGAGCGUGAUUUAGGUGGUGAGUCAGGCAGGGUUUGUGUUGUUGGUGGGGGUGGUGGACACGCUGACAGAAGCUCUGAUGGGGAGGAUGAUAAUAUUGCAUGGUAUUUUGAUGGUCAUAUUCCAGGGCCUGAUGGUCAUAUCCCAGGGAUAGAUGAUCUUGCCCAGGGGUUAAGUGACCAUAUCCCUGGGGUUAUAAAUCAUAUCCCAGGGAUAGAUAAUCUUGCCCAGGGGGUAAAUGACCGCAUCCCGCUGGUGAUAAAUCAUCCUCCAGGUGCCAAUGGGAUUGUUGACAUGGAAAAUGUGGAUGAUUCACACUCACUCUCAAAGACACUACUUCAUAGCAAGAUACCGAAACCAAAACAGGCUAGCAAGAAUGAUGAUCUUUUUCCUGACUUAAGAAGUGAUGAUUGUGUGGUCGGAAGCGAAAAGAACCAGGGAAGAAUAUUGUCUGAAGUAGAAUACAGUAACUUAAUGGAUUGCUUGAGAGACAGAAGUAUACAUGUUACGAGUAUGACGUCGACUUCGGGUAACUAUGACAGCUUAGAUAAAGUACAGAAAAUUACGGAUAAAGAUGCAUUCUUGGGUGAUAGGGAAAACAGAGAAAGGUUGUCAAAUUCAAGAAAAAACUUCCAUGGAGAACCGCUUACAAAAACUGCACAGCAUAUGGGAUGCAUCAGUACUGCUUUAUAUCCAAAAAACGGAAGCAACGACGACGAGGAAGAUGAAUUUGAAGCGUCUUUUCUGGAAGCUGUUUCAAAUUCAAGCAAAAGUGCUCUUCACUCAUAUUCUCAGGGUCUUCUUUUUAAUGACACCUCAGGAUCAGAACUGAAAAAUCUUGGAAAUGAAGUAACAAAACUAUCAGUGGAAGAGAAGCGUAAAGAUAGCUCCUCUACCGUCGGUGAGAGUAAAUCAGUUGCAGCCGAGGCACGAGAAAAAGAAACAGGCGCAAACGUUCAAUCCAAGCCAAAAUUCUUAAGGAGUGUUAAGACGAAGCUUCUGGAUUCACAACAGCUGCCUUCUCCAGGACACACGGACAAAGAAAUUACUGACAGAUUGCUUUUUUUGGUGACGCGGAAGCUAGAGAGCAAGGGAAAGGCAGCUAGAACACAGUUCAAAUUGUCUGAAAUUUAUAAAGGAAGUCGACAUUUUAAAAGCAAUUCAGAGGAGUCAGUUCUAGCGGCGUCCUCUUCGAGAAUGACUCGUUUAAACCAAACUACAGACAUUUUGCCGCAUGGAGAUUUCUCAGCAAACAGUUCAACCGAUAAACAAGGGCAGACAGGAGUACAAAAUGUGGUGCAGCCAACGCCAUUAAGACCUAAUCUAUCAGAAGAAAAAUCAGAAAACGUUUUAAACGGAAAAACAACUGUACAGUCAACGACUAGGACCUUUCAAGCAGGAAAAGUAGAUUCUCAAUACUCAACUUUUGCGAAAAAAUUUCUUGAAAAAAACACAAGUCAGUCAGAAACGACUUCAGAUUCCAAAGAGAAGGAAAAAUAUUUGGGUAGUAACGAGGAGUUAUUAACACGUCUUGGUGAUCGCAUGUCUCAUGGGAAACAGCUAGAAAUGAAACUAGCAGUGGAAAUUAUCACUUCUCUCAUUAACUCUUCAGGUAAAGCUUCGCUCGAAGAAUUCGAGAUUCAUUUGAAUAUGAUUCACACAGAGCUGAUCUUUGGUCCACUAGGUUCUUUUUCCCAAACAGUCGAUGGUCUGUUACUGGAAAACACAACUAACUUUCAAUUUCCAACUAUUGUAUCAGGCUCCCAACGUUUCAUCGCGUUAGUUAAUGGUGACGUCACAGCGGAUUUUCGCCAUACUGGCUUAAACAAAGAAGUACAGAUUCACAGAAUUAUUGAGCACAAAGAAUUUAAAGACGCUAUUUCCACUCAGGAGGAAUAUUGGUAUCAACGUAAUACAAGCUCUCUCAGGGACCAUAAAAUUGGGGUCCUUGUCACUAAAGGAGUCGUUCAAGAUUCUAUCCUAGACUAUUGUUUGUCCCAUAACAUUGUAGUUCUCCAAAACGUAGCAUAUCCAACUCUUCAACUUCUCUCCUUUGCUACCGGCUCCGUCAUGGUGACGUAUUUGGCUGAUUUGAAGGAGAAGGAUAUCGGAAGGCCCGUUACCAUAGAUACCUGGGAGCUUGGCUGGACACCUUUAGUAGUGAGACAAAGCAAGGUGGAAAGUGGUAAUUCUUGCGACGUCAGGAAACUACAGUUUGUGCUUAUAAAAGAAUUCAAAAUAGAAAAUGGAACCUUUGAAGGUAAGCUCGCGUUCGGUUAUGACACUAUGACUCUUAAGUUCAGAACUCAGUCAACAAUUACGCCUUUGCCGCAGUCAUUAGGGGAGGUAUAUUAUUAAAAAUUAGAUUGCCGAGAGUCUUCUGAUAAUAAAGUCACAUAUGUAACACGCGUCCCGCAAAAAAUGGCGAGUAAAAAGCUUGCCCAGUCGCUAAACCUCAUAAUUCCACGCGACUUAUUCAUUUCGGCCUACGUGGUUUGAGUGCACGUCACCGAAAUGCAUGACCGCGAAAGGCCUGGAAAGUCACCGCACUGGGACCAGGCAAACAGUAAGCGGUUGUCAGAAAUAACACUGGGUUCAAAUUAACAAACGUCUCUACAUGUAUCUUUGUCAUAAGAAAGAGCACUGGUAUUUGAUAUACUAAGAUAUACGAAAGACCACUCGUAAGGUCAUGGUGAAACUGUGAUAAAUUCAUUACUGUGAAAGAGUGAAAUUAAGCGAUAUUAACUCUAUUAAUUCUCUCAAAAGAUAUUAACAGCCCGCUUCAAACUGUGCUACUCUGUGGUCCAUGUAAAAAUCAUGUCUGUGACGCAGAACACCGCUUCUGGAAUUCUAUCCAUCGCUUGAAGAACGCCCUCGCUUGUGGCCGAGUGCUGCCUGGGGCCGGAGCACCGGAAAUUGCUUGUAUUCGACGACUGAAUAAAUUAGCAGGUUCGUAUAGCUACCAGUCUCCUGCGAAACACCGCAGAAACCAGCGACUCCUUUUGCUGCACAACCUGAUUUAGGGGGGCGGUUUAUGAGGCAACUGAUUUGUUCUUGUUUUCACAGGUCAACAGAAGUCACGCAGUUCUCUACCAGGAUGGUUGGACGGGAGCUUGGAAGUUUUUAGGCCGUUGGUGUACUCUGCAUUUGCUGAGGGAUUUAAAGACUAUUUAGGAAGCGUCGUUCAUAAUUCAGGAACAUUAACCAUACCCUCCGGAGUUUCAGCCUAUAUUGAGGAAUUAAUUACCGCGGGAUUCUCUUUAGACUUUCUAUUAAAUACUGAGGAGGAGAAAUCGGUGAACACCCUUAAUGAUAUCGAGGCACAAAACGCGUGCGAACACUCGAGAGCUAAUGUCAAAGAUCUCGCCGCCGCGUCCGGUUCCAUGACUCGCGCUGAAGCUGGAGUGGGGACUAUGCUUCACUCUGGAAAAUUAUCUCAUAAGGUGGAAAUGCCGCUUGUAUGGGAUGAUUACUCUGCAAAGAAAGAAGCAUGGAAAAGAGCUCUUGGUGUUGUAAGAAUACUGUUACAAUCGGACAAGUUGAUCAAGACUGGGCUGGAAAGCAAUUCUCUCGAAGCGGAUAUAUUAUGA